GUCUGGAGUUCCUUCCCCUUUCGCAAUGCAAACAAUUGUUAUUAGAUGCCGGGAACCAGAAUAGAAACUAUACUAAAACAUGUGACGUUUUACGCAUUUCCGGUGAAAUUUCCGUCAAAAUUGACAUGAUUACAUAUUUAUGACAAAUAUUUCUUCGAUAUGCAGCAUUCACAGCCAUCAUCUUCACACGCAGGUGGUGGACCAAUAAGACAGCCAAACAGACAUGAAGAUCUCGACUUUCCUUAUUGUCCAGAUUCCAACAAAUAUGAAAAACUUGCCAAAAUUGGACAAGGCACAUUUGGAGAGGUGUUCAAAGCUAGAGACAGGAAAAAUAAGCAGGUUGUGGCCAUGAAAAAAGUGUUGAUGGAAAACGAAAAAGAAGGGUUUCCUAUCACAGCAUUGAGAGAGAUAAAGAUACUGCAGCUGUUGAAAAAUGAAAAUGUUGUUAAUUUAAUUGAAAUCUGCAGAACAAAAGCCACACCUUAUAACCGUUACAAGAGUACAUUCUACCUGAUAUUUGAGUUCUGUGAGCAUGACCUGGCGGGCCUCCUAAGUAAUGCCAAUGUGAAGUUUAAUCUAGGAGAGAUUAAAAAAGUCAUGCAGCAACUUCUAAAUGGUUUAUAUUAUAUACAUACCAACAAAAUUCUCCACAGAGAUAUGAAAGCUGCCAAUAUUCUAAUCACAAAACAAGGUGUUCUUAAGAUGGCCGACUUCGGACUAGCAAGGGCUCUGAGCCAUAUAACAAAAUAUACUAACAGGGUAGUGACUUUGUGGUAUCGACCGCCAGAAUUGUUACUUGGAGAGAGGAAUUAUGGUCCACCAAUAGAUAUAUGGGGUGCUGGAUGUAUACUGGCAGAGAUGUGGACAAGGUCGCCUAUAAUGCAAGGAAAGACGGAGCAACAUCAGUUACAACUUAUCAGUCAGCUUUGCGGCUCUAUCAAGCCAGAGGUGUGGCCAGGGUGUGAUAAACUUGAACUGUAUUCUAAAUUAGAAAUACCUGAUGGUCAUAAAAGGAAGGUAAAAGAAAGGUUGAAGCCAUAUGUAAAGGAUCAGUAUGCAUUAGAUCUGCUGGACAGACUAUUAUGUCUGGACCCUGCCAGGCGUAUAGACUCAGACACUGCCCUCAAUCAUGAUUUCUUUUGGGAGGAACCCCCACCACAAGAUCUCAGUAGAAUGUUGUCACAGCAUUCAACAUCAAUGUUUGAGUACCUAGCUCCACCAAGAAAGCUUCAAUAUAGACCAGCUGUCCCGCAACAGCCAAGACCAGCACCCAACAUGGAUCAACACUUUGAGAGAGUUUUCUAAGUUGAGUGACUUUUAGAACUAACAUAAUAUAAAUAUACAUGAUCGAAGAAUUGGAAGUAAGAUAUUGAAAUUGUGUCUGUUCAUCCUAACACCAGUCUUGGAAAUUGGUUGGUUCAGUUUUAAUGAAACAAUGCAUGAAUGUGUACAUUGUAAUUUGUAUUGGAGAAGGGAAAUGUGACCCACCAAAUUCAAUCAAAAUACCUAUGAGUUUUUUAGUUACA